AUGGUGCUAAAAGUUUUCGAUCAGCGCUUUGCUACCCAGCUUAGAGAAGACGAAAAAGUCCAACCUUACAAAAUGGAUAUUGAAUUUGAUUAUCAUCGUUUUGUUCGCGAUGGCGGUGCUGAGGCGUUUAUUGACGGGCUUAAUACUCAUGAUGAGAUGGCUGAGGAAGAUGAAUCAUGGAAUACCCCCCAGGAAGAGGCAUACCUUCAUGAUUGUCUCUUGGAUCUCUACAAGACUGGAAUCCAGGUGUACAAUACGCUGAAGGACUUACAAGGGGAAGAAGUUCCAGGCCUAUUGGCGGCUGUUUUGGUAUCUGGCUUUGAUCCAGAUGUGCUAGAGCCAGUCACCCAAGGGUUUCCUGGGAUUCUUCUACAGCAUAUCCAAGGAUUUCUUUUGACUAAUCUUGCUGAUUAUUCUCCGAGGGAAAUCCGGCAAUCUAUAUGUGAUGAUAGUGUUAGGAUUCUCAAUCUUAUGGACGACCGGGGAAUUCUCAACAAGGAUGUUCAAACACGGAGUUUCAUCGUUAGUCUGGAUAAUGCGCAGCGAAAACAUUUUAAAGUGAUCAUGAUCGACUUUGCACUCUGCAACUCCCGCGCAGAUUAUGAAGACGAUCAGGAAUGGAGUGAGUUUAAGGCAAUACAGGAAGAACAAGAGGAGGCAAUUGGACGGGUCAUGCAAACGAGGCUGGAAGGCAGUUUUGUUUAUCGCGAAUCCUGCCGGUACAAGAAGCCGGCUAGUUAUUAUGAAUGA